GUGGACUUCGUCUUUGUCGUCCUCGUUCGAGACCUCCUCCAAAAUUUCCCCAAAACCUUCCUAUCCCUAGCAAACUUUGGAGAAGGGAGUGAGAAUUGAGGCUGGAAGUCCGAGACAAACACCUUGAAGACCUAGAAUUUCGCGCGAGGACUCGGUCUCCACGCCACCAGAGAGAAGCGGUGACUAAGCCGGAGGAGAGGAAUGUCGUCGACGCUACUUGAAGUAACCCGCGCGUCGCACGAGGAGAUAGAGCGGCUCGAGCGGGUCAUCGUUAAGGAUCUCCAGACCGAGCCGGCCACCAAUAAGGACCGCCUCUACCAGAGCCACCGCGUUCGCAACGUUAUUGAGAGAAUCAUUGACACCACGCACAGACUUGUCGAUAUCUAUGAAGAUAAAGACGGGGCGCGGAAGGAUGAGAUUGCGGCUCUGGGAGGACAAACUGCUACUGGAAGUAACAUGUACAGUGCUUUUUAUGACAGAUUAAAGGAGAUACGUGAAUACCAUAGACGGAAUCUUGGUGCACGUGUUGUUGACACCAGUGAUGAGUAUGAACAACUUCUCAAGCAUGAACAACCGAUUACGUUUAGUGGGGAAGAAGGGCAUGGGAGAUACCUUGAUUUGCACGUGCUGCAUGGUGAAUAUAUCAACUUAAAAUUUGGUGAGCCAAUUGAAUAUACUGCUUAUCUUGAGGUCUUCUCCAAACCACAAUUAAUUCCACGCAAACAGAAGUCAACAAGGCAGUACAUGGAAUAUUUGGAGAAGCUACUUGAGUAUUUGGUAUAUUUUUUUCAACGGACACAGCCUUUGCAGGAUAUUGAAAAGAUAUUUUCGAAGCUAGUUGGUGAAUUCGAAGAGCAGUGGACAAAUGGCAAAUUCGAAGGAUGGGGGAAUGAUUAUCAGGAAAAUGGUAGUGCUCCAAUGGAUCAUACUGUGAUUGAUCUUGACUAUUAUAAUACGGUUGAAGAAUUGAAGGAAGUUGGCCCUGAUAAGCUAAAGGAGGCACUAGCUGCUCUAGGAUUGAAGUCAGGAGGUACCAUCCAGCAGCGUGCCGAAAGACUUUUUCUUACAAAGCAUACACCUCUUGAAAACUUGGACAAGAACCAUUUUGCAAAAGGCACUCAAGGUUCAAGGCAGAAUGGUGGUAUUGCUCUUCCACAAGUGAACAGAGAUGCAAAAGAUGUUGCAUUUAUGGAAGCAAAAUUAAGAAAGCUGUGUGAUCUAAUGGAGGAGACAAUAGUUCUUACCAAGGAAAAUGUUGAGAAGAAACAGGCUCAGACUUAUGGGGAAAGGGAGGCAGAACGGGAAGAGGAAGAAGAACAAGCAGAGUUAGAGAGCGAUGAUGAAGAUCAGCAAAUUUAUAACCCCUUGAAGUUGCCGAUGGGAUGGGACGGUAAACCUAUCCCUUACUGGUUAUAUAAACUUCAUGGGCUUGGUCAGGAAUUCAAGUGUGAGAUCUGUGGGAACCACAGUUACUGGGGUCGUAGAGCUUACGAACGACAUUUCAAGGAAUGGAGGCAUCAACAUGGAAUGCGAUGCCUUGGCAUCCCAAAUACAAAGAACUUCAACGAGAUUACAUCUAUUGAGGAAGCAAAACAACUAUGGGAGAGAAUCCAGGAGAAGCAAGGAGUUAACAAAUGGCGCCCGGAUCUUGAGGAAGAGUAUGAAGACCAAGAAGGAAACAUCUAUAACAAAAAGACAUACACAGAUCUGCAACGGCAGGGUUUGAUUUAGAGGUGAGGAGGUCAUUUAAUAGCCUGAAUGGUUUGACAAUUUGGUAACAACUAAAUCUAGUUAUGUUACUCUGUCCUACUAUCUACUUUUUACUUUUCAGAAACCAAAGGCACCAUGUCUCAUGAUGUUAUCUUGCAGUUUUUCUUCAGCUUAGGCAUUAAUUCCAUUUGGUGCAUGAGGCUGGGGAAAGUUUGUAUUGUGUUGUGGUAGCACUGUAUAAAGCCUGUUCCCCAGUGCACAUGACAUGCAUGAGGCAUAUUUUGUCUAUACCUGGAUGGUGAAGUCAAGGAUUUAAGUUUUUUGUGAAUUUCUUUUUUCUAUGAAUGAAUAGGUCGCGGAUUUAUAUCAAUCUCUCAAGUCAAAUCCAAAUUCGGAUCCAAUUGUAUUAGAUUAGAUCAACAUUCGAUUCAGAUCGGAUCAAAUUUGGAUUAAGAGAUCCAAUUAACAUUUUAGUGCUAU